CUCAACGUCCUCGGCGUCCGGUUCAUUCGGUUGAGACAGCCAAUGCACCUCUUAGACUCUUACAUUACCCCUACAUGAUUGAAGCUCUAUGACACCCCGUCGAUCAUCAUCGAACAAUUCGAAUUCUUCUAGAAGAAAGAUGACCCAGCGACCCUGAAGAUCCUGAUCAUCUCCACCGACCACGGAUCCCAGCCAGGCAACCACGGACCGCGCCUGACCGGCCCUCGACGAUCCUCAUCAACCGAGAUUUGACAUCCCAUUUAUCAGACCUCGUAUUCCAGCCAUGAGAGCCUCGCAAACAAGCUUCCUGCGCGCCUGCGCGCGGCGAUCUUCAUCAAACGCCUGGUGGCGGUCCCCGUUCAUCAGCAGAAGGAGGCGCUCGAAUUUUUCUACGCACGUCCAAUUCUCCUCGGGCAAGUCUGCCACGUUACCCAUCCUGGGGACGAUUGUCGCAACCGCCGCCGUGACCCUCCUUGCGUCCGAGGCUUGGCAUGCCAAGACUGAUACUCAGCAUGUUCCUUCGGGGGCCAAGUAUGCGGAUAUACCGACGAUGCUGCGGGCCGUCGAAGAGAUCAGAAAAAUCAUCGGAGACGAGAAUGUAAGUGUGGACGCCGAUGACAUCGAAGCGCACGGAUACUCCGAAUGGUCUACAUCCAACACCACCGCGCGACCAAUUGCAGUUCUCAGCCCCGCAACGACAGAGGAAGUGUCCCAGAUCGCAAAGAUAUGCACUACCUACAAGGUGCCCAUGGUGCCAUUCGGUGCCGGGUCCAGCGUGGAAGGGAACUUUGCCGCUCCGCACUCUGGUGUCUGUAUUGACUUGUCGCGGAUGAAUGAGGUCAUCGAACUGUACGAGCAAGAUAUGAACAUCACGGUGCAGGCAGGUGUACGAUGGACGGAUCUGAAUGAGCAGAUUAAAUCUACCGGACUCUUCCUACCCAUGGACCCGAGUCCAACUGCGUAUGUGGGUGGCAUGGUAGCGACAAAUUGCAGCGGCACGAAUGCGAUGCGAUACGGGACGAUGAAGGACUGGGUAGUUAAUCUCACGGUUGUGCUAGCGGACGGGACCAUCAUCAAGACGAAACGGCGUCCGCGCAAGUCCUCCGCCGGGUAUAACCUGAACGCACUGUUUACCGGAUCGGAGGGUACAUUGGGUAUCAUCACCGAGGCAACGCUCAAGCUUGCCAUUAUCCCCGAGGAAAGCAGUGUCGGAAUCGCCACAUUUCCUACAGUGGGCGACGCAACAGCCGCCGCAUCCAAACUCAUCCGCGAUGGAGUUCCUCUCGCAGCGUUGGAAUUCAUGGACGACGUACAGAUGAAAAUCAUCAACCAGAACGGCGGUGCCGGUGGGAGAUUCUGGUCCGAGGCACCUACACUUUUCCUCAAAUUCACCGGCACCCGUGCGGGAAUCACCGACAGCAUCGACCGCACGCGCACCAUCCUCUCCGCCAACAAGAGCAACGAGCUCGUCUUUGCCACCUCCCGCGAAGAAGGCGACAAUCUCUGGUCAGCCAGGAAACAAGCUCUCUGGGCCAUGCUCGCCGUCAGACCCGAGGGAACUGAAAUAUGGUCGACAGACGUAGCCGUUCCGAUUUCCCGACUGGCUGAAAUAGUUGAACUCUCCAAGACCGAGUCUAGCCACCUAGGCCUCUUCUCCACCGUCCUCGGCCACGUCGGAGACGGCAACUUUCACCAAGCAGUCAUGUAUAACCCGGACAAGCCAGAGGAAUAUGAAGCUGUCAAGGCGUGCGUGUCGCGGAUGAUGAAGAGAGCGCUGGAGAUGGAGGGGACGGUUUCGGGCGAACAUGGCAUUGGGCUGGGGAAGAGGGCAUAUUUGGAAGAGGAACUGGGUGCGUCGACGAUGGAGUUUAUGAGGGGCGUGAAAAGGAGUGUUGAUCCACACUGGUUGAUGAAUCCGGGAAAGGUAUUCGAUGAGUACUAUAAAGGAUAGAGGUGGAAGAUGGGGCGUGUUGCUGAUGGAGUGAGUCAUUUAUGCCUAACAUUAGUGAUACUCUAGAUCUGGGAUAUCCAUAGAGCUUCAAAUGAUGGGUCAGUCUGUCUGCCAAUACAAUCUAGAUCUUGUGAAAUGAAAGUCAACAUGGAAUCGAAUCCGAUUCCAAGACCAUGAUCCCAUUAUCGCCAUCCAACACGGAUACGCCCGUGACGAACCCCGAAGGGAAG